GUUUUGCCAAGGCAGGGACAAAACUUUUAUUACUAAUUCUUACAAAUCAAGGGUGGAGAAUGUUUGCCUCCUCCCUUUCCCCAUGGCGCAGACCAUGAUGAACAGAUGAUUGAAUGAUGUUAUAAAUAUCAAAAUGACCUUUGGCAGAAAAAAAAGGUCCCCACCCCUACUAUACUUCUUAUUCUGUUUCUUAGCUCAGGGAUCUUAGUCCAUCUGACCUCUGCCUUUACUUCUGCCUGAGGAAAUGAUAUUUAUAUUGUAUUUAUUUCUGCUUCCAUUCCUUAAAUUCAAAAGGAAUAUAAAUUCUGGGUCAGGGAUUACCCCAGGUACUGAAAGUACAAAGAUAAAAAAAAAAAAAGGCUCUGUCCUGCAGGAGCUUACAUUCUUAGUUGGGAGUUAGAGGAGAGAGGCUGGUAGAAACAGAUUUAUUCAAAAUAAUGGAGGAGUGGUGGUGAUAGAAAGCCAUGACCUAUAGAAUCAAUUAAGAUUUAGAAAAAGUGCUUGAGCUGAGUGGAAUACUCAAACAUUUAAGUAUAUUUGCUAGGUGAUCUUUUAUGCCCUUAAGAAAACUGAACAUUUUAUAAGAAAUUCAGAGAGGCAGAAUGUUGUUUAUUCUGGGCCUUCAGGGAAGACAGUUGUUGCCACAACAUACAUAAUGUAAAAUCAACUAAAUACAGAUUGGAACUAGAUUGUAAGAGGCUUUAGAGGCCAAUUUUUGUCUGAUCCUAGACAAUAAGGAGUUUUCUGAAGUUUCUUUUAAAGGGUUGUUGUGCCACAGUUUUCUUUUAAUGUCCAAUUACUCUGCCUCAGGUUAUAAGCAUUCCCUCUUAAUGUUUGAUAGGAUAAAGAUCUUAUAUCUUCAGGCUAUAAUCAUUCCUGUUUGAUGGCAUAAAGGUUUAUCCAUUUUAGACAUUAUCUCAUCCUAGGUGCCUCCCCUCAUUUGGUCAUCCCCAUCUAUGUACCUCCCCCAUUAUGUCAUCCUUCUUGUUAACCUAUAAAAGAAUCUUAUACAGGACAUUCACUGCUGCAUUCUUGAAUACUUAAGUUUCAAUCUGCUUUGGGACUAAACCAUGGAUCCAUUUGGUCCCAGGAAAUCUCUCCCUUUUAAAUAAGUUAUUAAAUUGUUCUCUAAUCUCUAUUCUGCCUCAAUUUCUCCAGCAUUACAGGGUCAUGUCUUGUGCGGGAGGAGCAUUAAUUAGGAAGUUAUGUAGAAUAUGGAUUGCAAAUUGAGGGGCCCGAAAGUUGGAAGACAAUUAUUUAGCAAUUGCAUGAGUGCAGUUAACAGAAAAGGGAAAAGCUGGGAUUUCUUGGAGGGCGCCACUUGUUCAGGAACUGCAGUAACCUCGGCGCGAAAACACCCGCCUCUCUAGGAAGCGGGGAGGUGAGUUGAGGUUGCACCAGGGGCGUGGCACUGGGAUCCUAGCGACCUCAGAAGGUCGGGCCGGAAAGAUUUCUCUAGGAAGUUCUGACUCGGGUGUGGAAAGAGGAUAGAAAAGCGUGAUCACGUAUCUAACUCCUAGAACCUCGGUGUUAUUUCUGGGCUGGAUUCAGGUCUUGAUAGAACUCCUUCCAAUUGGUUUUUCGAAUUUGGCUGAGACCCGGAAAAGUUUGUCCCUCUCCGCAGUCGGUAGUCGGCGUGUGCGCAGAAGACAUCUCUGUUGCCAUGGCGGCUGCUCCCUCCCCUGUGCUACUAGGUCUUCGAGAUGCUGAGAUGAGCCAAGUUGAAGGGCCCCAGGAAGGGGCCUGGACUAUCAAUAAAAUGGGCGGCAUCCCGGACAGUCUGCCCUCAGUGCCCGCCCCCCGGCCGAGUUGCGGGAGCUGCGGGGCCGAGAUGGCGCACAUCGUCCAGGUCUACUGCCCCCUUGAAGGUUCGCCUUUCCACCGACUGCUGCACGUGUUCACCUGUGUCCACUCGGAUUGUGUGGGCCAGCCGUGCAGCUGGAAGGUGUUUCGCUCCCAAUAUUUGCAGAUGCAAGAGGAGUACACACAGGAUUCCAAACUAAAGCAGAAAGAGGAAAAUAACAUUGCAGUUAAAGACUGGUGUGAAGGAGCAGAAGACUGGGGAGAUGACAGUGGAAGUGAUCCAGCACCGUGUAUUACAAAUGAUCUGCGUGAUUUGAAUGUAGGAGAUAAUUUUAAUGUAGAUGAAGACACAGAUUGUAUGUCCCAAUUCCAAGAACUCACACUUAAUGAAGCUUUGAGUGACUCUUGUUCCUUUGGUCAUAUAAUGUCAGCCGGAGGAGGACAUGUAUUGCCUGGCUCAUCAGUUCCUGUGUUUCAGCCCUACUAUAUCAAUGUAGUGGAUGAAGAAGAUUAUACUAAUUUUGUUGAUACAAAUCAUGCCCAAAAACUUCUGCAGGAGUAUGGAAAAAGGGAGGGAGUUGAAUUGGAACUUUUGAUAGCUCAAAGCUUUAUUUUUGACAGUGGUGAACAAUAUGAGAAGGCUGUUUCUAAAAGUAAUGAUAAAAUAUUUUAUAAAUUUAUGAAAAGAAUUUCUGCCUGCCGUGAACAGAUUCUGAGAUACUCUUGGAAUGGGCAGCCUCUCUUUAUAACUUGUCCUUCAUCAGAUGCUACUGAGAUUCCAACCUGCAAUAACUGUGGAAGCUCUAGAGUUUUUGAGUUUCAGCUUAUGCCUGCAUUGAUCAGCAUGCUUAAAAGUACUCUGUUAGAUAUCUCUGUUGAAUUUGGAACAGUUUUAAUUUAUACUUGCCAGAAGAGUUGUUGGCCUGCUAAUCAUCAAAAUCCAGUGGAAGAGUUUUGUGUUAUACAAGAAGAUCCAGAUCAAAUGUUAUUUAAGUAGAAUCUCUCCUUUUUUCUUGUGUAAAUAAAAUUUAAUUUUUAAACCAGCAAAA